UCAGUUGCACCAGAGACAUCUACUGAUGAAAACUGGCAAAUAUUGGUAACAUGAAAAGACCAUUUGAACCUGGAGCCGACCUUUUACAGUUGAUCCAAGUCCUUCUUUCCCGUGAAACACAUCCAGUUGCCUCUGGAAUCAAUUGCCAAUUUUCUUCAAAGACCUUCCUGGCAACUGAUCAAAUGAUGGAGGGCAAUGGGGUGUAUAUCCUCCCAACAGAGACAAGAUAUGAGGGAGGAAUGAAAGAUGGCAUGUUUCAUGGUCAAGGAACCUUAUACUUUCCGAAUGGAAACAAAUAUGCAGCCACCUGGGACAGUGGAGCAGUAAUACAGGGUUACUACAUAUUUGCAGAUGGAUUGGAAUAUGAAGAGGACUGGACAUAUUGUGAUAAAUAUGACAGGCGCUUUUACACUGAAAUUUGUAAUGGAUUAAAACCAGCAGGUCGUUCCCAGCUCACAAACUUGGAUCCUCCAAGGACAAUUCCAGAAGGACAUUAUGACUGUGGUGAUGGUUUCUAUAACCCUGCAACCAGAGUAAUCACUGGUUACGACAAUAAAUUUUUACGUAAUGCUGAUGAUGAUGAGCAUGAAUGGAUAGUCCGGACCUGUCGGAAGGGUUGGGAUCAGAUAACGGGAUACAGGCCUGAACUACACCAGCAACAACUACCCAGAUAUCCUUCAUGAUUGGAGCUGAGCAUUGUGAUACCCACGAUAAUGCCUCACAGUACCCUCAUUCCUUUGGUGUUUUUGCAUCAUGUAACAAAUCGUACAGAAUUUGUUGGAAAUACAUGCUUCUCACGCUUCAUCCUUUACUCUAAAAAAAUAAAUUCAUUCACAAAAUACAUUUAUAAAGUUAUGAUUUAUUUCAUUGGAGAAUCUAAGAAAAUAUUAACUUCAAUCUUUCCUUCAUCCUUUAUUUUCUACAUAUAUAUUUCAUGUAAGAUAUGAUUCAUAAGUUUAAAACGUAAAAUUUUUCUGCCCUGAUAAUUGUACUGAACACAAUUGAUUUGACACAUGCUGAUUAGUAUAUACCCAAAAAGUAAAUUGAGCAAUGUUUAUACUGAUGUGUGCAUAUGUCCUUGAUAACUGUCACAUAAACCUGUUCUGCUAAUGUUGUAAUUGAUCCCCAAUCUGGUUAGCCUAAAGUAGUUUAUCACUACAGUACCAAUGUACAGGAUUAGCAAUUUAAGCCAAAUGCAGUCCCCAAUUUGUGUUCGGGACUUUUAUCCUCUGAGAUUCAUGAUUAUUGAUUGUAAUUUUAACUAUUGUCCUUAAAUGCUGCGAAUGUUUUCCUGGUAAUAGUUAAGGAUAGCUACUCCGUUUUAUAGCUAUGACUGUGAGGUGGAAAUAUUGUUGUGCUUCAGUGGUCACGUACACCUAUCUACUGCUUAUCAGUAAAAAAUAAUUAAAAUGCAAUUAACUGAAGUGUUUGUGGAGGAAUAGGAAAGAUACUCAUUACUUUUGUAAAAUUGAAAGUUAUAACCUCUAUAUUAAAGCAGAUGUACAUUUACAUUU